CUUCAACAACUUAUCAUUAAUAUCCCUUUACUUAAUUCAUCUUCUUCAACAAUUCUUCUUCUUCUUCUUCUUCAACAAUGUUUUCUUGUUGGGUCAUGCAAAACAGAUCUACUUUCUCAUCUUGGAAUUUUUAAAUCCUUGAAAAAUGGUGGUUAUUAGUUCACAAUCCAGUGGCAACAUGGAUGAUUCAACUGAAUCAAAUCAGUGAGCUUGAGGUUCAAAGUAAAGACGAAAAAACAGAAAGUGACGAGGUUCAAAGUGAUGAGUCUGGUUGUUGUUUUGACGUCAACAAAGCAGUGAAUUCAUUGGAAGACAUCACAUGUAUUGAUUUCAAAGAAAUGAACAUGGAUGGUAUAAUGAAAUACCAUUUCUUGAAUGUUGCUGUGGCUUUUAUUUUUUACAAUUGGUAUGCAAGUUUUUAUGGUUUUGCCGCAAGAAAACAUGUCGUAUUAAGGAGUAAAGUAAAUGGAGAAUUAACUCAACUGACUUUUGUUUGCUAUAGACAAAGCAUUGCCAAAGAGACUAAAUUUCCUUCAAUAAGUAGAAGACGUGUACCAAGAAGUUGCACCAGAUGUGGUUGUCCGGCUAAGUGUUGUGUUCACAUUGAUAAAAUAAUUGGUAGGUGGUUCUUCAAAUUGUUCAACAACACCCAUAACUAUGACAUGUUGGGUGAUCAAUUUAUGGGUAUGUUACCGGGUUAUAGAAAGAUGACAAAAUAUGACAUUUGGCGUAUGAACCACAUGAAGCAUGUUGGAAUAAAGACCAACCAUAUCUUCGGGUUGUUUGCUAGUGAAGCUGGGGUUUUGAAAAUGUUGGUUUUCGAAGGAAAGAUAUGUACAAUAUGCAAGGAAUGUUGCGCUUAACCUCUUCUACAAAUGCCAAAGCUGCAUGUGAAUAUCUUGAAAGUAUGCGUAUAAGUGACGAUAAUAUGUUUUGGAGGCAUGGGAUUGAUGAUAAUGGAAGACUUACACAUUUGUUUUGGUGUGACGGUGCUGCUCAAAGGGAUUAUAGUGUUUUUGGUAACGUAAUUGCUUUUGAUGCUACAUAUAAGAGGAACAAGUAUAUGUGCCCAUUAGUCACAUUUGUUUUGGUGUGACGGUGUUGCUCAAAGGGAUUACAAUAUUUUUGGUGACGUAGUUGCUUUUGAUGCUACAUAUAAGAGGAACAAGUAUAUGUGCCCAUUAGUUAUAUUAUAUGGGGUAAACCACCACAACAAAACUAUUGUUUUAUGUGUUGCAAUUGUUUGCGAUGAAACGGAACAAACAUAUGUGUGGUUGUUGAAACAACUUUUGGAAACAUUUCUUAAUUCUUAUAUAUGUUGUCACAUUUCUUAUA